AUGAGCUCUCAAGGAAGCGGCGCAGACGACGCAUGGCCAAAGACGCUCGAACAGCUACAGAACGAGCUGGUGCUGGCAAAGUAUGAGGCCCAGAAAUGGCGCGAAAAGUAUUUUGUGGAGAAGCGACGACGACAGAAGACGACGAAGGAUCUGCUGGACCUUAUCGUGCGCACGGAGCGAAGUCAAUCGAAUGGAAUGAUUGAUGAUUCGAUUGAUGUUAGGGGCGUAGAAGGCUCUUCCUCUCGACAAUGUUAUCCGGACCAGACAGCGAACCUUCUGAGUCCGACGUUGUCGUCGUUCGACUUUGAUGAUGACUCAAGUGAAGAUGGCGGUGAUGCUCUGGGUGAUGAUAAUGAAAGUAGGGGGAUGCUAUCUUUGACAUCCCUAGUAGGGCAAACACGACACGCAUCUGAAGCUGCUGUAGAUGGAGAUGAGAAACAGCCUGACACGACAGGUGAUUGCAAUGAUCCGUUAAACUUUUUGAUCGACCAGAAGCUACGAGAUCAACAAUCACUGGUGCAUCACUCGGAUGCAACUACUGCGUCUACCGGACGGCUGCAUCGAUCAUCAACUACGGGUUCGGCUUUCGAGGCUCUCGAAGGACGGUCGUCAAAACGGUCUAUGGACGGAAAGAAAAGUGAUGGCGCCAAGCACUCACAGCAGCAACACCUCAUGCACCGCAUUAUGCAUGUAAAACCAUCCUCACGGGAUCUUUGGUACGCACGAACGCAUCCGAAACAGGUGCAAAAUGCAGUCCGUUCAAUCAAGUUCUCCAUGCAGUUCAAGAAGGAGCACAUGUUCGAGCACUUUUUCGUCACAGGAAUGGCUUUGACCGACGCUGGGCAACAACACCGGUCUUCGGACCUUGCUGGAUAUUGGAAGCCCGAGCUCCUCUACGACUUUCCGAAUAGAUCAAAUGCCCCACCUGAUGAAUUCAUUGCCGACUUUUGCUUUCCGAGAGGUGUACCGCUGACAGUAUGCACACCUGCUCAAGCAGCAUCCGUGAGGGGCAUGGCAGUGUCAGAAUGGUUCACUGAAAUCGCGUCGCUUUUGAAACAUGCGCCGGAGACAACUGGUUAUACUUUUCGUCUUACAGGUGGAAAGGGAGAGGUAUUGUAUGGAUUUUGUGCUGCCACAAUGUGGGAAGAGGUAGCCGUACGAGACACUCUGGCGAGCAGUGGUUCACAGAGCCCUCUGAGUAGCGUGGCGUCAGGCUUGCCAGGUGAAAAUUCUGGAUCACCUUCUGGCAACGACAAUCGGGUGGUUAGAACGACUGCAGUUGCACCAAGAUGCUACUGUUUCACGACUAAGUUCCCAUUCUAUCGCUUUCACUUUGCGGUUUUACGGAUGAUUAUCGAGAACGAGUUGGAACAACACCGACUUUCAUCCACAGCUUGUGAGGAUGAACUGGAUAGGGGAGUCGGAGAGGAUGAGCAGUUUGAGAUCAUCCUGAGACCGCUACUUGAUCUUGCGAUAGAAUUUGCAAACUCAAAUGAAGAACACCCUUUGGUCGAAGAGCGACCCAGUGGUUUGGAAGUGCCGCGACGGAGCAAUUUGACCUCGAUUGCAACAAAGCAGAGCACUACUUUUGCAGAUAAACGUGUUAUUCUGAGCGAAGAUGCAAGGGUAAGGGUCGACGAGCGUGAAGACAGUAGUCGAUCGAAAGCAGCACCAAAACGGCGACCAAACCGAGUUCGCAAAAGCCUAAGCACCGACGAUAUUGACUCUUACAAUGCUACCAAUGAGUUGAUGAUGAAUCGACCAGUGGCGAAGAUCGUUGGCUCGCGUCGACCUAAGGAGUAUGAGCACGUGAAGGUUGGCGAUAUGUUGGAGGCGGUGGACGGCAUUGCGACAGCCUCCAUGAGUUUUGAUCAAACGAUGGCAUUGCUGGAAAAGGGGAAUCGGCCAAUGCGUUUACGCUUCCGUAGGCCGCAUUCGAUAGUCCCAUCGCGUGUAAAACUGUCAAAACGUCGCCGGUAUUUAUCGGCUACUUCGAUCGAUAUUUUACACCGGGCACGGCAGAUGAGGAUGAAUGAUCCAGGACACUGGUCUACGACCCGGUUUCCUACCUUUGACUUCAGCUAUCAGUUCCCGAGACGCCACCCCGAUCGAUGGACAGUUGGUGUUGUUUUACGCUUUUUGACGCCAGACAACAUGGUUGAAAUAAUGGCACACUUGCUGCUUGAGAAGCAAGUUGUGAUCAUGAGCGAUAGUCCUGCCAAGGUAUCAGCCGUAUGCACGGCAUUCGUCCUGCUGCUCUCUCCUUUCCAGUGGCAGUCGACAUAUAUCCCCCUGUUGCCAUCGGGGUUGCUGGACUUCUUGCAUUCCCCCGUUCCUUUCCUCGUGGGCUGUCAUUCUCUCACAGAAACAUCCCAGUGGCCUGACGUUUGCUUUUACAAUAUCGACAGAGACCACGUUGCUGUGCCGGCCAUGACGAGACACCUGGGUCCAUCGUCCCUACCUCAUGGCGUAGAGCUUUGUCAUUUGCUAUGGAAAGCCAGAGAGCGAUUCAACGCUUUGCAUCCAUCAGGGAAGCCAUGGUAUGAACUGUCGGACGAGCAAGACACAAUCAUCACGCUGACACUGCAGGAAGCCGAAAUUUUCUUGCGGGACCUUGGUUUCGACAUAUCUUCCCAUGAUUUGGCAGCGUCAAUUUCAGGUGACCAAAGCUUCUAUGACCGCUUACAAGAAGAGGUGGCCAAGGAAGUGCAGAAAAGCGGUUUCGAGGACUACCUGGACGAAUUUACACAAACUCAGUUAUUCUGCGAGUAUUACGAAAGCCUACUACAGCCAGGGACGCAAAAAUAG